CAAAGCUCGGAGCUCUCACUUUUCCUUCCUUCAAAGGUGUGAAGAACUUGUACAAGUGUGAUGGAUGUUCAAAUUUUCUAGAGUGAGAUAGGUGCUAGUAAACAAACACAUCCCAAAAUAAUGAAAAUAUUAUUAAAUUCUGAAAGUUCCCCUCAUGAGAAAAUCAUAAAUUUUACAUGAAAGUUGAGGUGGGCUUAGAAGAAAGGGAGAGGAAACAGCACAUUUAAGUCUUUUCUCUUGUAACCCAACUUUUGGGUUGAUAUUUUUCAGAGAUUUUGAAGAAAAAUUAGUUAAAGCAAGUAAGUUAUAGUAAUGUUAGCAAAAUGGGAAAAAAAGGAAGCUGGUUUUCAGCAAUAAAGAGGGUCUUUACACAUAGUUCUAAAGAGAAAGUAGCUGACGAAACAGAGAAGCAAAACUCAAAGGAGAAAAAAAAGAAAGGGCUUGGGAAACUAAAACAUGGCGAGCGCCCUUCGUUUUUUCCUUUUGUCAAAGAACCAAGCAGUAUCGAGAAAAUAUUAGGAGACGUCGAAAGGGAGCACCAAAUUACAGAUUAUGAGCCUCCUACGCCACCAUUGAAACUAAAAUCAGUAGUUCCUCAUGUAACUCCCCCUAAAAGAGCUUCAACUCCUCCCAAAGCACCCACUCCACCAAGGAUGGCUUCCCUUCCUAGGGAGGUCGUUCAUCCGACACCGCCUUCAAGGGAUGCCCCACAGCCUACUCCCCUAAAAGAGCCUUCCCCUCUGGCGCGAAGGGUAGGUUCUCCUACAAGUGUUGUGACCCCUGUGAAUGAUGCGACUCCUGCUAGGAUUCCUUCCUCGAGGUUUGUUCAACACCGGAAGUGGGAACCAAGCUUAGUGGAUCAGCAUGCUAGUGCCACGGUGAUCCAAGCAUUUUAUAGAGGUUAUAUGGCAAGGAGGAGCUUUAGGGCUAUUAGAGGUUUGGCGAGGCUUCAAGUUGUGAUGAAAGGGCAUAGUGUACAGCGGCAAACAGAAAAUACUUUGAAAUGCAUGCAGUUGUUGGUUCGUGUACAAAAUCAAAUUCAAUCACGAAGAAUCCAGAUGUUGGAAAGUCAAGUAUUACAACGACGAGCUAUGUAUAAGAACGAUCAGGACCUAGCGAGUAGCUUUGGCAAGUGGAUGUCUGAAAAUCAUGAGGAAUGGGAUGCAAGCACAUUGAGUAAAGAAGAACGAGAGGCAAGAAUGAAGAGGAAGUUUGAUGCAAUUGUUAAGAGAGAAAGAGCAAUGUCCUAUGCAUACUCCCAUCAGGUGUGCAAAGCAACUCCAAGAAUGGCAAAUGGAGCUCUAGCGGACUUCCAGUCAGGAGGGUACCCAUAUUGGUGGAACUGGUUAGAACAACACCAAGUACCUCCAUCGACACCUACGAUCCAUCCACGAAGCCCCGCUAUAAAGAAUUUCCUAGCAACUCCCACUAGAUCGAUGUCGAAUUUCAAGGCUAGCCCUUUUCACCAAUCAAGAAAUCUCAGUGGUCUUGGGUUUGAUAAUAUGGAUACCCCGACUCCAAGAUCCACCCGGUCAUCAGUAGCCCCAAGAUCACGACAGGCAAACACCCCUCCCAGUAGAUUUCAGCAGAAAUACUCUAGAGGUAGUGCUGCAACAUCACCCUUCAAUAGAAAAACAUUCAAAGAUGAUGACAGCCACAUGAGCUGCCCGCCUUUCUCGUUGCCACGCUACAUGUUUCCUACGGUUUCUGCUAAUGCUAAGUUAAAAGGAAUUCCGGACAGCCCAAAGAGUGUCGCUGAUGAGCCUAGAAGGCGGAUGUCAUUUCCUUUGACUCAAGGCAAGGAAACCAGUUCACCAAGCGCAUUAGGGAAGACCCAGUCAGUCCAAUCGAUAGGAAACUUGAGUGUCGAUUCUUCAGUUUCUACGUCUGCCAAUGUAGGACGAAAACCAUUUAACCGUUUUGCAUGAUUUUUUCUGUUCAAUUUGAAAAAAAAAAACUUUUACUUCAUCUCUUUUGUUUCACUUUUCUUUUACUCAGCGUUCAAUUAUAGAUUUCAUGGAGGAAAACAUGUAUCGGUGUGCUUGAAAACGAGUUACAAUUGUUGGUGUAUAUUAAUAAAGACGAUGUAGGAUGCACCUUGAUUGUAAAAGGGUGGGAUUCUUUCAACAUUGAGUGUGCACUACGAAUUAGCUCUACUGCAACUGUUUGGGAUGUACCAACUUCCAACUAUCUACAUCAAGCUUAUAGCACCAACUCCACCUUUUUUGGUUGGUUUGUAUGUUGAGCUAAACACAACACGAUUAACCUCGGGUCCAAGUAUUGAGGGACUAAGAUUUGAACUUCGAGAUAUCAUAUUAUCAGCAUAUUUGAUUUGAAAUUUUAUAUCUGAAACUCAUCUCGAGAAUCUAAAUAUACACCUUUAGCUACUGAAGAUACUUUAAUAUCUACAAGUUUUACACUACAAUAAAAAAAAAGUAUAGUUGAGAAAACGUGUAACUUCUGUUUGAAAUUGUGGUCGUCAUCUUCCACAUAAUUUUUCUACUUUAGUUAUUUAUUGAUAGUUUCCCUUUCUUUACUUGUUUCUACCUUAGUUAUUUAUUCGGUUAUUUAGUUAUCUUAUUAUGCGCUACUCAUGUACCAUUAUUAUUAUGGCUCAGUUACAAUUUUAAUGUGGUUUGUUAGUUACAGAUGUUUUCCUCGGACGAUAUGUAUGCAUGUCAUUCACCUUUCUCUUUGUGGGAUCCAUCAUUUUAGGGGAUUAUUUGAGUACCUGCACUCUUCUUUGUCCUCUCCUUAGAGGGGUAUGGGUAUGGUCUGUUUGCUACCUUUCUCUUAUAGUUUAUCCUUCAUCUUAUUUAUUUAACAUUAUUUGCUAUCUCACUCAUUUUAAAUUAUGUCUAUUUUUAGAUUGUAGUUCAUCACUUUUUUUAGCUCAUCUGUACAUGUUAAGUCUCUUUUAAUUUUUUUAACAUAUUUUCUCUUCAAUUAUUAUUUUAAAAAUCUAUAUUUUUUUAAAAUACUUAAUUUCUCUUUGGCAUUUAUUUAAAGGGAGCGAGUAAUAUACUUUAAAGGGAAGUGAAAAAAUAUGACCAUUAAUUUUUUGUAAUUAUAUUGAUUAUAAAAUUUUAACUGCAAAUUUCAACUUCAUAAAGAUGAUACUACAUAUAAUUAUAAUUGUCAAAAAUAUAUUCCAACCGUUCACUCAUCCGUUGUAAAUAAUUCCACCUUUAAAUUAUUUUCUAAUAAUUCAACCUUUUGUAUUUUUUUCUUCUAGCAUACCCAGUGACCUAAACCAUCACUAUCCCACCCUUCCCCUCAUCCAUAGAAUAUGCUGGGAGCAAAGACAUAUUAAAGAUGAGAUUAUUAGAAAAUAAUCAAUAAGUGGGAUUAUUUAAAACUAGACCUGGGAAAAAUUGAUCCGACCCGAAAAUUGAUCCGAAACCCGCCCGAAAAAAUUGGGUUGAAACCUGAAAAUUAUGACCCGAACCCGAAAAAUGACCGAACCCGAAGAACCCGUAAAAAAACGGGUCGGUCGGGUCCGGGUCGGGUCUGACCCGACGGGUUGGUGCUUGUUAAAAAAACCUAAGUUCUUGAAUUUCCUCCUCUUCCGCCAUUCCUAAGUUAAAAAAACCUAAGUUAAAAAAACCUAAGUGCUGCUGCUGCUGCCGCCAUUCCUCCUCUUCCUCAAGUUCUCUCGCUCGAUUUUGCUGCCUCCAUUCAUCUUCCUCAAGUUCUGACGCUCGAUUUUGCUGCCGCCAUUCAUCUUCCUCAAGUUCUCACGCUCGAUUUUGCUGCCGCCAUUGUCGAAUCAUGUCAAAACAAAAACGAAGACCUCCAAAAUCUCCAUUUUCAAUGCCAAAUCUUCCAAUAAUUCAAGGAUAUACUCAACUCUCACCAUCUUCAUCCUCAACUCCAUCUUCAACUCCAAUUAUUUCACCGGGAUUUUCAAUCUCUUCUUCAUGUAGUGCGAAUUCAUGUCCAAGUGUGGAAGAGCAAGCAGCUACAAACAACAUGAAUGCGCCACUGUCCGAAUGUAAAAAAAGAAAAUGGACUUCUCCUGUUUGGAAGGAUUAUGAUUGUUUUGAUGGUCACAUGUUUGAGGACAAUAUUCCAAGAGCUCUUUGUAAAUAUUGCAAACAAGGUCCUAUUCUUGCUCAUUCUACUAAUGGAACCACAAAUUUUAAGCGUCAUAGUGAGUCUUGCUUUGCACGAGCUACUUUUGAAAUUAACAAACAAAAAAAGGGUAAGAAAGACAAGGGUGAUCUAAAACAUUUUGACCCUUCCAUGUAUAAGCAAUUAGUGGCUAGGGCAAUUAUAAGACAUGGUUAUUCCUUUACAUUUGCUGAAGAUGCUGAAAAUCGAGCUAUACAUAGCUUCUUAAAUGAAGAUUGUAAUUUAUUUGUCGAAAAACCGCUAAGAAGUAUUGCUUAGAAGUCCAUAAAAAUGAAAAACUUAAGUUGAAGAAACAAAUGAGCAUUGGGGUGUCUUCAAAAUUUUGCUUAACUACUGAUAUGUGGCAUUCGAUUGUGGAUGAGGGUUAUCUUUCAUUAACUGCACAUUAUAUUGAUGAUGAUUGGAAGUUACACAAUAAGAUUAUUGCCUUUUGUCAUGUCCCCCCUCCUCAUAAUGCCAACAUGAUACAUGAGAGGUUAAUUGCAAUUAUAAAAGAAUGGAAGCUUCAACAAAAGGUGUUCUCAAUCACAUUAGACAAUGCUAAGUACAAUGAUAAUAUGCAAAAAUUGCUUGCUCAUAGUCUAAGUGUGUAUAAUCCAUUGCUUGCUUAUGGUGAUUAUUUUCAUGUUCGUUGUGGUGCUCAUAUUUUGAACUUAAUUGUUCAAGAUGGUUUGAAGGUCAUUGGAGAUGAAAUAAAAACAAUAAAGACCUUGGUUAAGUAUAUAAAUGGUUCUGAAGUACGAAAAGCAAAGUUGAGGGAGUGUGCAAUUGGUAUUGGUGUUAGUAUUUCUAAAAAGUUGUGGUUGGAUUGUCCUAUAAGAUGGAAUUCUACCUAUAGGAUGCUUGAAAGGGCAUUGAUUUAUUGUCCUUGUUAUGAAAACCUGAAAAGAAUUGACAAAGACCUUCCUAAUAUUCCUACACAUGAUGAUUGGUCAAAGGUUAAAAAAAAUUGUUGCACUUUUAAAACCUUUUGAUGAUAUAACAAAACAGUUUUCGGGGAGAAAUUAUCCAACUGCCAACUUGUACUUUAAAAGUGUGUGGAGAAUCGAAUGUUUGUUGAUACAAUAUGCUGAUUGUGAAGAUGAGUUUUUAAAAGAUAUGGCAAAGAAUAUGAAAAAUAAAUUUGAUAAAUAUUGGGAAAAUUAUAGCGUUGUUCUUUCUUUUGCUGCCAUGAUGGAUCCUCGUUAUAAAUUUCAAUUGAUCAAAUAUUGUUUUGAACACUUGGAUCCUCAAAAUGGGUCCUGGAAAGCCAACCAAGUCAAAGACAAACUCUAUGAUUUAUUUGCGGAGUAUGUAAGGAAUGAUACUCCCUAUGACCGUAAAGCUAGUAGUCAUGUCGUGGAUGAUGAUCUUCCUGGAUUCUCAUCUUUUGCUGGAGGGACUAGUGCAAAUUUGUCACAAUUAGAUAUUUAUCUUGAGGAGUCUAGGCUUGAUCAUCAUCUUGAACUAGAUGUAUUGCAAUGGUGGAAAACAAA